AUGCUCCCGGUGCCGAGAGCCAAGCGGCGGCAGCCUCUCCUGUGGCCCGGGAAUGCGGAGCCCCCAGCGCCUCCCUGGAUUUGGAUGGUCCCGAGCGCGACUGGGCUAAUUCGGGUCGGGGGCGCCGCUGGGGUGGUGCCCCCUCCUCUGCUGCUCUCCUCGCCUCCUCAACCUCCCCCACCUCCGCCGCCUGCACCGCUGAUCCAAGGGGUUUCAGGCUGGCAACUUCCCUGCGAUCCUUUUCUGCCUUUGAUGGCACCGGAGCAUCAUUCGUCUGUUCAUCAGCUUCCCUUUCUGAACGGACAGUGGAUGUUUGGAGCUCAUUCUCCAGUCAUUGGAUUUUCACCUUCUUCAAGUGUGGAGUUUGUUCCUCUUUAUCCUCAUGUAUACACAACUGCUACUCCACAUCAUUCUGGGAAAAGUUGGAUAGAAAAGAGGCUUCCAAAUUGCAAGAUCUAUUUAAACAAUGCAUUUGCUCUGGAUUCCGCAUGGAUACAUCCUGAGGAACUACGAAUUUACCAGGGACAUGAGAAACCUCUUGUUAUGACAAAUCAAGUAGCUGUGGCUUUAUCUAGGCCAGCUACUGCUCCUAGGCCUCUUCCUGCAGUGGUGUUAACACCCCAGCCUAUUCCAGGUGGCUGCCUUAAACAAGCUGGCAGUAACCAGGCCAUUACAUUUGCAGCAGCCAUGGUGUCAGUAGAUGCAGAUGCCUCUCAGGGACCAUCAUCAAGUAUCCAGCCAUGCCAUGUGCUGACUUUGUCACCAAUUAAAAUUCCAGUUUUGACAUCACCUUUCCCAGGUGCUGCUUCUAGAAUGGAUACUCAUAUGACUCCUCUGAUGCCAACUCAAGUCACCAGGGUAGCGGCUAUCUCUUCACCAGCUGUGACAUUCAUGGCAACCAAUUUGGUGGAUCAGACAUUAACAGUUGCUGAUAAAGGUAAAGAAUCAAACAGGCCCUCCUGCCCACCAACCCUAAUUUUACACACUGAAAUGAAAAACAAACCAACAGAAAGUGAAGAUGAGAAGAAUCAUCCUUUAAAACUGCUCCCAGACGAUGGCAAUGCUUCAAAUGGCAACAAGCCUGUGGCAUCCACUCCUGUACCAGGAUCUCCGUGGUGUAUAGUCUGGACUGGAGAUGACCGAGUCUUCUUCUUCAACCCUACAAUGCAGUUGUCAGUAUGGGAGAAACCUGUGGAUCUAAAGCAUCGUGGUGAUAUUAACAGAAUCAUUGAAGACCCACCUCAUAAACGCAAACUGGAAACUUCAGCAACAGAUAAAAGUGAUGGCUCUUAUACAGAAGAUUUAAAUGAUGAUCACAGUACCAAAACAAAGAGAAAUAAACUGGAAGAUCCUCAGAAUGCUGGGCUAAACAAGGUCGAAGAGAAAAAUGUGAAAGCAUCAGAAGAUCAGAUUAUACUCCCAUUGGAAGAACGUAUUAGCCAUUUCCGAGAUAUGCUUCUGGAAAGAGGGGUCUCUGCAUUUUCCACAUGGGAAAAGGAGUUACACAAAAUAGUAUUUGAUCCACGCUAUCUUCUGUUGAACUCAGAAGAACGUAAACAGAUAUUUGAGCAGUUUGUCAAGACCAGAAUAAGAGAAGAAUACAAGGAAAAGAAAAAUAAGUUACUGCUAGCCAAAGAGGAGUUUAAGAAGCUGCUGGAGGAAUCUAAAUUAUCACCACGGACAACAUUUAAGGAGUUUGCCGAGAAAUAUGGCACUGAUCAACGAUUUCGACUUGUUCAGAAGAAGAAAGACCAGGAGCAUUUUUUCAAUCAGUUCAUACUUAUCCUUAAAAAAAGAGACAAAGAGAAUAGAAUACGGCUACGUAAGAUGAGAUAA